AUGGACGACGCGCGGCCGGUAGCCGACCGACAGUCCUGCCACCGCGCCCGAGCGGACAGUGCGGCAAGCGUGGUCGUCGACCGUCCCCUCGACCGACAGCCCCCGUAUCGUCCUCCGCGAGGGUCGCGAUGCGCCCGACCGCCUGCCCGCGAUGCUGCCAGAGCAAAGGCACAUGCUCAGCGCCCGCAGAAGGGCGCCGCGCCGCAUGACGUCGCCCGCCGGUCCAACCGGUCCCCAGAUCGCGGCAUAGCCGGUGAAGGAGGCUCAUUUCAGCCAGUCCUCCAUGCCCAGCCGCAUCACGAUCCCCGCCAGCAGCGCGCCGGGAACCAGUUCACGCAGCUCGGCGACAUCCUCCGCUGCAUCGGCGUCCGACAGGCCCAACCGGGUCAGUGCCCGCUUUGCGCCCAGCUCGCCGGCUUCCUCGGCGACCGCACGCGGCAAGUUACGAGGUCGGCACUGCUAUCCGCUGCCUGCGCCAGCAGUCGCGCCAGAACAUCGCCGCUCGCGACAAGCCGACCAUGGCGCGCUUCCCGCCGGAUCGAGUCGGCGCGGGCAUAUCUGCCACAGCAUCUGGCGCUCCUCGGCCAGUGCGGUGACGCGGUUGAUGUCGACCGACAGGCUCGCCCCUUCGAACCAACUCGCGAGUCCCUGCAAAGACCGCUGAGGAUUCCCAGCGGCAGGAUCGCUUGCCCGCCAAAGCGCGGUUCGCCUCGCGGUAAUUGGCGCCAAAUAUUGUCGCCAGGUAGCCCGAGCAGCAUCGGCGGCACGCCAAGGCCAGCGCGCGAUCUCGCGCGCCGCCGACGACUUGCCGCGAUGAAAUCGAGCUCCAGCGGGCGUCAGGCUCAUCGCCUGCCACUGGCCCGCCUUCGAGCAGCAAUGGACGCCCCGCAUUGCCGCUGCCCGCAAAGCCCUCCAUCUCCGGCGCGCAGUCAGUUCGGAACUGGUCAGGGGUCAGGGGUCGAGCCAUCCCCGGAUCAUAUAGACCAGCGCCCCCGAUGGCCCGCGCCACAUUGUCGAGCAGCGCCCGGUUCCGUGCGGUGGCGGCCGCGUUUGUGA